GAGUCAAAAUAAUCAGAGCAGUUUUUUUUUCAUUGUUCAACUUCGAAGCUCAUCUGUCAUCUUCACUUGUUUUUUUUAAAUAAAAAAAAAAAAAAAAACAUCAGUCGUAUUAGUACAAUCAAAUAUGGGCAGUAGUAAACACUUGACAGUAGGCUCAAAGGCACCGCCUUUGGAGAAAGGAAAACUCCGGCUCUACAGUAUGCGUUUUUGUCCAUAUGCUCAAAGGAUCCACCUCGUCCUUGAUGCCAAGAAAAUUUCUUAUGACGUGGUUUAUGUCAAUUUGAGUCAAAAGCCAGAGUGGCUGCAGGAAAAGAGCCCACUAGGCAAGGUGCCCUGUAUUGAGUUUGAAAACGGAGAUACUCUCUAUGAAAGUUUGAUAAUUGCUGAGUAUUUGGACGAGGCUUAUCCUGAACAUCGCUUGCUACCUACAAAUCCAUUGACCAAGGCUAAAGAUAAACUGCUGACAGAAAGAUUUAAUGAUUUCAUCACUUCUAUGUACAAAUUAUUAAUAGAUAAAACUGUCAACAAAGACCUAUUUGAUGAAGUUCUGAAAGGCUUAGAAAUUUUUGAAAGGGAACUCAACAAGAGAGGGACUCCCUUCUUUGGAGGUAGCCAGCCUGGCAUGCUGGAUCUAAUGAUUUGGCCAUGGUGUGAGAGAGCUGAUGUCUUACGGAUUUUGAAAGGAAAAGAAUUUGUUCUUCCUCAAGAUAGGUUUUCAAGAUUGUUGAAAUGGAGAACAGCUAUGCAAGAAGAUGAAUCAGUAAAGGGUAGUUAUCUGGAUGCAGAAAUACAUGUUAAAUAUUUGCAAAGUCGUCAAGCAGGAGCCCCUCAAUAUGACCUCUUGGCAUAAUUAAUGUAAACUGUAUCAACUAAUU